AUGCCUCUAAAAGAUGUCACUCCGAUUCCACAAUUUGUUCGUGAUGAAAUAUUUGGAGGUGCUGAUGAUGAAAGCAGUGAAUCGGAAGCAAGUUGUUCAUCCGAUCAAGAGUCUUGGAAUGGUGAAACUAUUUUAGCAAUUUUACGAAGAGAUUUUCCACAUAUUAUGCAACCCGAUGGUGCUCUGAUUGCUCAAUUAAAUUUACCUGUCGAAAAGGUUUUGGAAUGGAAUUGUGUUGUGUCUUGUGAUGAAUUAACGGGAGGUGUGGAAAAUGAUAGUGUCAAAGUUGCCAUUGCUUUUUCAGCGAAAGAUAACGACCAGAUCAUUGAACUUCCAACACAAUAUUAUGUUUUCCGAAUUUACAAUGAUCUUGACAAAACAAAGGAAUAUAUCAAAUUCGAGCUUUGUACAUUGUUCUUUUUAGGACAAAACCGAUUUCCAGUGCCUUUUGUCAUACUUCCAACAGAAGAGCUAAUGUCAUUCGUUCAAAGCAAUUAUUCAAAAAUUCCAGAUAUGGAAAAAGCUGUUCUCGAAUAUGUGGAUGGAAGACUAUGUGCUCUAUUUUCAUAUGUGCAUGGAUUUCAUGUGGACAAGGGAAAAAAGACUGUGAAUCAAGUCACGCAGGUAGCCACGUUUCUAGGCUCUCUGCACAAACUCACACAAUUUACUGGCUAUUCCAUGCUUGAUAUGAAGGUCACCAUUCCAGAAAUGGUUCAAAUGAGAUCGGAGUAA